AUGAAUUAUUUGUUUAAAACGAGAAAGCUUUAUGGAUUACAUAUUUUUAGCAGCCAAUUUCAAGUGUAAGUCUUUACAUUACUUUUCAUAUUGUCUCUGAUGAAAUUUUUUAUUCAUAUAUAAUAAUUGAACAUUUUGGAAAUACCAUUAUUUAAUGAUUUUAGUUAAUGGUAUCAUUUUUUAUGCAACGAUUAAUUAUUUAUCUGCUAUACUUGUAUUUAUUAGAUAUAGCCAUUGGUCGAAACACAGUUAUUUAUAUGGUGCUUCAAGCGAUCCGCUUAGACCUCACACUGUAGGAAAAAUAUUCAAUGACUCCGUGCAGCAAAAUCCUGACCGAGAUUUCUUGAUCAGCAGACACGAGAACAUAAGGUGUACAUACGCUACCAUGGAGUCCGAGGUCAAUGAAAAUAAUGUCUUAUACAAUUUAUUAUUAUUACAAAGUGACUUUGUCCUAUAAAUACCAACAUAUAAGCACGUAUAAUAGACAAUAGUAAUUUACGGUGUUAUAUUUUGUAACUUAUUAUUUAUGAAUUUUAGUAUAUACUAUACGGUUUUUAAAAAUUAAAUACUGAAUUACAUAUUUCGCACCAUGGAUAGGCCACUGUUGUAUGUGAAUAAUUUGAAAAUUAGGAUAUAUAAGGUAAAUUAUUUGAAACGAAAAUCAACAAAAAAAAAAACCUAAAGAGUGAGUUGUUGAACAUUUUGAUAGAUUGUUUUAAAGAAAAUAUUACAAUUUCGUGUAGUUUAAGUCACUUAAGAUACUGCGUGAAAAAUCAGAGCAUUUUAAUAACCGAAAAUGUCAUUUUUUUUAAAAGAACCUAAAAAAAAUGUUUGAUAAAAGUGUUAUGAAUUAUUAAAUAUUUUCAAAUAAAUACUAUCAGACGAUUAGUCAGCAUCAUUUGAGGUAUGGCAUCAUAAUAUUUUUACUAAACGUAAAAGUGUUUUUUGAUAAAAAAAAAACAAUACAUAUUUAUAAAACUAAUAGUUGCUUCGUUAUACUCAGAAUAUGAAAUGAAUUACGUGAUAAUAAUAUGAUUCAAAACAUUUUAAUACGUUUUAAAUACUUUUACGAUUUUGAAAAAAAAAAUGUCACUGUUAAAAUUUUAAAAAGACAAACAUGCUUUUAUAUUGAAAAAAUUUUAAUAUUGCUUUGAUAUGUCGAUGUAUUAAUCAAUAUUCAAUAGUUUAGUAAGACCUAACGAAAAAAUGUUCACACAAUGAACACGGUGAAUAUGAAAUAAAACUAUUUUUUAUUUAUUUACCCAUGUAAUAGGUAUCAGUAUUAUUACCUAACUUUAAAAAUAAAAUCAGCUACAAUAAAAAUAACCAGAAAUAAUAUACAAAGUUAAAAAAAUAUAUAACUCAGUAAGUAUACAUUUACAGAAUAUACAACUGACAUGGGAAAUGUCACACGCAAUAUAGUAAUAAAAUACUAAUGCUAAUACAUAUGUGUGUUCAAUUACAUGAGUAUAUUUUUUUACAGGUGGACAAGGUGUGUAAGAGUUUUAAUGCCAUCGAGCUUAAACGAGGGGAUCGACUUGGAAUUUGGCUACCCAACUGCGCGCUUUACUUUUCAUUGAUGUACGCAGCUGCUCGUCUGGGAAUAAUUUCGGUAGGUAUACGAUUUUGGUUAUUGAUAAAUUAUAAGUAUAAUUAUUAUCAGGGUUCGGAUUUUAUAGCACUAAAAAUAACCGAAAAUCCGUUAUAAUAUGACCUACAAAUAAUUAAAAUAAGAGCUAUAAAAUGCCAUAAAAACAUAAAAAAAUAGCAAGAAAGAAAAUGUUUUUAUAUAUUGUUUUUAAUUUUUUUUCUGUUAAUCAUUUUUUAAAAAAAACUUGAAUUACAUACGAAAUAAUAUUCUAGGGGAAAAAUAUAAGUAUAUCAAUAUGAAGUUAUAAAUGCAUACUGUUUAAUGGGCUAGUAUGCCGGGUUAAUAAAAAAUAGACUAUUAUAUGAAACGAACAUGUGCAGGGUAUUUUUCUAAUGGAUUCACAUAGGUAAAUGACAAAUUAUUCAAACGGGAUUUAUGAAAAAACAAAAUAAAUCAUUAUAUUAUGUAUAUUAGCAAUUUAUAGCACUAAAAAUCUAAAAUACUUCAAACACCCAAAAAAUAUCAAUAUAAAAUUGCAUAUUUGGAGUGCCUAGUGCAUAAAACAAAUGUAUUUUAUUGUCUUUAUGAUAGACUUGUUUAAUAUUGACUUGCGGUCUGCAUACUAUUAUCAUUUCAGGUUACUAUUAAUCCUGCGUAUCAAAGUGACGAGUUAAAACACAGUUUAACACUUUCAGGAGUUAAGUGCUUGGUGACCAUGGAGACGUUUAAAACUCAAAAUUAUCCUGCAAUAAUAGAAAAAAUCGAUCCAGAAAUUUUGAAACGAUCGCCUAAUACUUCAAUUAAGUCCAAAGUAUUACCACUGUUGAAAACUGUCGUUUUUUAUUCUGAGAAUCGUAUAAAGUUAGUAACGGUUAUAUUUACUAUAGCUUUCGUAGUUAUUUUGACAGCAUAAACUUUUUAAUUUGAAUGAUAAAUUUAAUUCAAUCUGAUCGAUAUUCGUUACGCUGACAAUAAUAUUAUUUGUAUUAAUUUUACUCGUAUACAAUUUGGUAAUAAAGUGAUUUUUGUUACAGCGGUGCUUAUAAUUUGAAAUCAUUCUUGGAUCUAGGUUCAAAUAAAAGUUAUGUUGUUCCUGAUGUCCAACCUGACGAUGGAUGCAAUAUUCAAUUCACUUCGGUAAGUGAAAUAACUUGCUUAGGUGUGUUUUUUUACAUAUCAAUGCGUUUUAUCGCGCAUACAGUAAUAAUCAACAAAUUAAUGUUGAUAACUUAUAAGUAGGGCUGUGCAUUUGUAGGAAAGUGCAUAUUUUUUUUGGCAGAUUGUGAAACGUAGUUUUUUAAGUACAUAUAUUGAAUUAUGUAUAACAAAAAAUUAAUUUAUAAAACUUUUAUUUUAAAUUUGUUUACGUUUUUACUUUUGAAGGUAAUUUUUUGGGCUUUUUAAGUCAUAUUUUUCUGUUUAGUUCAUUUUUUGGAAUUUUUCAGGAUUCCGUCAAUUAACAUUUAUUAUUCUAUAAAAAAAAAUAUUUAAAAUAUCUAAAUUAUAUUAAAUUAUAAUAGCGUUAAAAAAUAUUCUUUAAUUUCAUUUUCUUUUUUCAUGUUCUAUUCUAUAUUGUAUUUUUUAUUAAAUAGUAUUUAAUUGAAUAUUUUUAUGUUAAAAUGUUGUACUGAACUUGCUGCACCCACCACAAGCUACGCUUUUGGGGUAGCGUCAAAAAGUUCAAAUUUGUUUUUGGUAUCAGUUGUAUCUGAUUAUUAUUUUUGACAAUAAAAACAUAUAUUAAUGUUAUUAAACACAUUUUUAUACACAUAGUUUUCGUUUUAUAUAGGCUAUAUUAUACGACAAAUUAAUAUUUUAUAAAACAAUAUUUUACACAAGCUGUAUACAGGUUAGGUGAAGAUGGCAGUGAAAUUAAAUCCACAGCCCUUCUUAUAAGUAAUCUAAAUAAAUCAUUCAAUGUAUAUAAUAGUAAUAUACAUUAUACCUGAUAUAGGUACUUAAUAAAAAGUAAGACUUGUAUAAUUUUUAUUCUAUAUCACGUGACAAUAAUAUUACGAUGAUUAAUGAUUUUUUCAAUAAAUUAUAUCUGAUAAAUUUACAAAUUUCUGCAACGUGUUAUUCCCGUUCGUCGUUCAUAUUACAACACAGAAGUCAUUAAAAGUGAAAUUUAAAUCCUCAUGCUAUAAUAAUAUACUCAAUGACAGAAAAAAUCCAUUUUUGGAGGAUUGUCAUGUUACUGUCUCUAUACCCCAUAUUAAAAUAGUUAUCGGUCAAACAUAUUGAUUUUACAGGGUACUACUGGUAAGCCUAAAGCAGUUUUAUUGAGCCACUUUAAUUUGGUUAAUAACAUCUAUUUCAUCGUGAAACGUCUCGAGUUGUUCGAUAGUGUAAGUAUAUUAAGAGAAAAAAAAAUCAUGAUUUUCAAAAUAUUUUAUUCGCCAUUAUUUUUAGAACCCACCUAGUUAAUGUAAAAAUAUAUGAAUAAUUAGGAUGUUUUACAUACAAUUUGCUGUCCAACGCCGUUAUUUCACAUUUUUGGAAUAAGCGCCGGCAUGCUUGCAUCUAUACUCACAAAGUCAACAAUAUAUUUACCAUCAGCACAUUAUGAUCCGAAAACCACGGCUGAUGUCAUUACUAAAGAAAAGUAAAUACUAAAUUAAAAAAUAGUAAAUUUGAGUUUAUUAUUUACUUUGUAGACAGGUAGGACUAAUUGUUUUUAAAUUAGCCAAAUCAGGUAUUUGGUUUUGGUAUUUUGGUAUAAAUUAAUAAAACAGAAUUUUUUUUUUUUGUUUUUUUUUUUUUUUAAUGUUAAAUAAUAAGUGUUGCAGCUAUAAUGAAUUGCCAUUCGAUACUAUAUUUAAUUUGGUCAUUUUUAUAAAACUAAAACAAUAUCUUAACGAUUUUAUAAACAAUUUAGAAAUAAAUUAACUAGGCAGUCUUCUAAUUUAUUCCAACAAUAAAUAUUGUAGGUGUACAUUUUUCUUUGGUACUCCGACGAUGUAUGUGGACAUAUUAUCUAUUUUUGAAAAACUCCAGCCAGAACAACGAAAAGAUGACAUGAGGCUAACAAUAGUCGGCGGUGCUCCUUGUUCACCCAAGUUGAUACACAAUUUUAAGAAAAUAUUUCCAGGCGCUAAACUCAUGGUUAAUUAAAUAAUACAUUUAUUUAAUAGUUUGAAAAGUAAAAUAUUUUUAAAUGCGGAUAAUUUUAGUCAGUGUUUGGGAUGACAGAAACCAGUCCAUGUACGUUUCAAAACAUGCCCAAUGACACAGAUGAACAAAUUAUGUCGACGGUUGGCCGUAUACAUGAUCACGUGGAGGUUAGAAUAACUUAUAAAAUAUACUUCGAAACCUCGGAGAAUGUAGCUCAAUGAUUCUUUUGUGUAUUUUUUUUUAAAUUUAACUUUAUUCUGUAUUUCUGUAUGCAUAAAGUACAUUAAAUAAAAAUUAACUUCUCACAUGAAAAUUGGCUGAAAAUAAUUUUAAUUGUGAAUUCGAAUCCAGCUAUUUUUAUCGAUUAAAAUUAUUCCUCUAAUAUUGUAGAUACCCUAUGUAUUAUGCCAUUUUCCAACAGAACUUUAUUCAAUUUUAAAAUUAAAAUUCUUAAAAAUAUAUUCUGACGUUUAAGUCGGUUUUCGGGAUGACGGAAACUAGUCCAAUUACUUUUCAAAACUACCACGAUGACACGGAUGAACAAAUUAUGUCGACAGUAGGUCAAAUACACGAUCAUGUGGAGGUCAGUAAAUUAAUAAAACUUAAAUAAUUUAUCGUAUAAACGAUAGUAAUCCUCUUGUAUUUUAACUAAGUUGGAACUUUUUUACAUUAAAACUGAUGCUCAUUUAUUCAGACUACUGAAAUAGUGAGAAUCUAUAUGUUCCUUAUCCAUUUCUGAUCACACUGAUUUAAUAGCUGGAUUAAUAGUGUUUUUAGUUUAAGCGAUAUUCGAUAACUAGUUUCAAUGAUNGAAAACAGUAUGAAUUGUAUUGACAUCAUCACGAGAAAUAUUAUUAAUACAUAAAGUGUUUUUAUAGGCGAAAGUGGUUGAUUUAAACGGCGAAAUGGUACCCUUCGGUACUCCGGGGGAAUUGCUCAUUCGCGGAUAUGUGAACAUGAUUGGGUAUUACAACGACGAAGAAAAAACAAAGGAAACGAUCGACUCUACUAAAUGGCUUAAGACGGGGUAAAUAAUAAUUGAUGAUAACUUUAAAUAAUAUUAUUGUGUUUAUUGUUUUCUUGUUGUAGAGACCAAUUCAUGUUGUAUGAAAAUGGUUACGGCAAUGUCGUUGGUAGAACAAAAGAUAUGAUUAUUCGAGGUGGCGAAAAUAUAUUUCCUGUAGAGAUUGAACUGUUUUUGGAAUCGCAUCCAUUAAUUUCAAAUGUUUAAGUAAUUAUAGAUAAUUUUGUAACAAUUAUAUAAUAGGCAAAUUGUCAACAAAAUGUAUAAUUUAAAAUAAAUCAAAACAUUCAAAUAUGAUAAUUGAUAAUACAGAAAUUAAAGAGUAGGUAUGAGAUGUGUAUCAUAUUAUACAUACAUUUUCAUAAAACAAAUAUUUGUUAUACAACUUGUAUAAUGUACUACGUUCCCUAGUGUACAACAAUAUAAUUUAUUAUGUUAUUUUUUUGCUAUUUUAAGUAAUACAGUCUAAUCGUGGAUUUUUAGGUUUAUGGUAUUCCCGAUGAAAGAAUGGGCGAAGAAGUGUGUGCUAGUGUUAUCUUGAAAGAAGGUGCGAUGUUUACAGAAGAUGAAAUAAGGAAGUACAGUAAAGGAAAGGUUAGUUAGCACGAUGCCGGUUAAUUUAUGUCAUAAUAAAUACACAGGUAUCUGUUAGCUUGCUAACCGUUUUUUAUUUGUUUUUAAGAUCGCCCACUUCAAGAUACCUAAGUACAUAUUUAUUGAACAAAGCGAAUUUCCUAAAACAGCGUCCGGUAAAGUACAGAAAAUAAAACUAAAAGAGUUAGCGGUGCAACGGCUAGUAAAGAAUGAAAAUAUGAAUUAA